AGAUGCCUCGUGAAAGGACCUUUAUUAUGAUCAAGCCUGAUGGCGUGCAAAGGGGACUUGUUGCUAAGAUCAUCGAGAGGUUUGAGCAGAAGGGCUUCAAGCUGGUUGGUUUGAAGUUUAUGCAAGCGUCUGAGGAUCUGCUGAAGGAGCACUAUGCCGACCUUUCUUCCAAGCCUUUCUUCGCUGGUUUGGUGGAGUACAUGAAGUCUGGCCCUGUUGUUCCCAUGGUUUGGGAGGGGGAUGGUGUGGUGAAGGCUGGACGCACCCUGUUGGGAGCCACCAAACCAUCUGAGUCCGCCCCUGGCUCCAUCCGUGGAGAUUUCUGCAUUGACGUUGGUCGAAACAUCUGCCACGGAUCUGAUGCUGUGGAAUCAGCGAACAAGGAGAUUGCUCUUUGGUUCAAGCCUGAGGAGCUUGUUGAUUGGAAGUCUCACUCGGAGUCAUGGGUCUAUGAGAAGUGAACUGAUGACCAUCAUGUAGAGCAACGGAUGUUCAGUACAGCUGUUGUAAUCGAUGCUUUCAUUCUCAUUUUUAUAGAGGUUUCUAC